GAAGGUCUAAAGAAGAAGAACUUGAGGCGCUAUCACUGCUAUAUAUAGUAAAGCAAGUUUGUUAUUCAGAGUAAUAUUGUGUAUUUAUAUAACUUUUAACGGAAUUACUCCUGUAGUCAUCGGAAAUAAUGGAAAAGAAGGACGAGGACUGUGAAAGUUUGGAAGAGCCAUCAUUUCCAUCUGAAUCACCUGAUAAGGAAGUUAGAAUACAAUGGCUUCAUUUCCAUGUUCAGAAACUAGUAAGCCUCGUUGGAGAACGCUGGUCAGAUUUUCAAAACAGUGUUAAAAAGAAAAAGUUCAUAUGGAAAGAAAUAGCAACUUCAUUAUCAGCAGAUGGCUUUAAUGUCAGUGGCAAGGAAUGUGAUCGAAAAUGGAGGAACCUGAAGAUUCGGUAUUUAGCUCUUCGCGAGAAGCAGAUGAAUGGAAUGAAGCCUGGAUUCCGCGUGGAUUAUUACAAUAGUAUUCAUUCAUUUCUGAAAGAUGACCCAGCAACUCAGGCAUAUUUGCAGCAAAGAUGUUCUAAUAGCAUAAAGAUAAAAUGCCAGAAGGAUGUGGACAAAGAUGAUUUAUCAGAGAUGGCAAAUAAUGGUACCAUGGUGUGGACAGACAGAUCCAUUGACUUACUGAUCAAGCUGUUGCUAGAAUUUAAGGAUUGGUUUUCGGAUAAUGAGUCGGAUCGAGAUGAUAGAACAUUAUGGGAGGCAAUAUCUGAGCAGAUGAAGUUAGAAGGCCAUCGUCCUGGUCCAGAGGAAUGUCAUCACAAGUGGAAUUCUCUGGUAUCUACCUAUAAGUACCAUAAAUCAGAAGCUGAAGCAACUGGUACACUUCCAUUGUGGCCUUAUUAUACACGAGUCAGACACAUCCUUAACAAUAUCAAUGUUCCCCUUGAAGAUCAGGAAUCCCAAAAUUCACUGAAGAGAAGAAAAAAAGGAAGGACAUUUCAAGCCAAGAAGCCCAAAAUCUCCCACAUCAAGCAGGAAGUUGAUAGUAUGGAUGAAGAUGUGACUGAUAGGUCAGUUGAAAUGGAUACAGAUCAUCCCCUGUAUAUAUCAGGGAUGGAAGCAGAUGAAAGAGCUCCAUCAUCAUUACCAAGUGAAAUACAAGAGCUGUGUGUGAGGCUAGACAGAAUAGAAGAAAAUCUUGGUGUAUGUAGAAGGUUAGAUCGCCUAGAAGAAAAGAUAGAUGUUGGUAGAGAACAACGGGAAAUACAACACCAAACAAAUACAUUACUUAGUGAAAUCCUUUCUGAAUUAUCACGUCUAAAUAGAAACUUAUCAGCACGUCAACAAGGUCCCAACCAGGAAUCUGGUGAUCUAAGUUCUGGUAUUACUAUUGUAGUUCCAGAUUCAAACACUUAAUAAAUUUGUUUAUAAUACUGAAUUGUAAUGUAGCAACAAUUAUUUAGAUGGAAAAUUGAAACUUGAGUAUACCAAAUUCGAAGUAAUUUGUAUUUUACGAGGAUACAAACUUACAUUUUCAGAGGUGGAGUACUCAGCUAUUUGCUGACUUAAAUAAAAAACCAUAUCUAAUUGGUUGAUCUAUGAGUCAUCUGUAACCUGAGCUGGGUUAGCUCAUCCAUAUUAUGAAUCACACCACAUCCGAUAACACUCAACUCCACAACUGGGAGAGAUUGGAACUAUGAUGGGCAGUAAAGGAGGGUAAAAUCUACUCUUAAAAGUGAAGGUUUUUAUCCUAAGGAAAAUAAAAAUUACUUUGGAUUUGAUAUUUGCUCUGAUAAGAAUACAACCUACGCUUUCAUAAAUGGAGCCUCAGCAAUAGAUGGGAGACUGAUCUAUCCGGAGUGGAUGGUGGGUGUGCCUUGGAUUGCCAGUGCCGCUCUACCGGUAUAUCUGAAGUUUCCUCUAGGGUUCAGGCCACCAAUGAAAGCAAACUGGGGGUAGACCCAACCUUUACUCACCUCGCCUUGGUGGUAGGGGUUGGGGGGGAUUUGUUUUGGAUGAUCCUGUUGGCAGAACCUACCCAUGGAAGUUUUCUGUCAUUAUACCACCAGCUGGGCUGCUAACACUGGGCCUAGGCUGAAUGUGUACAAGAACUUGUGGCUAAAGUUUUGCAGGUAGAAGGAUAUGAAGGUUAACUGCCUUUUCCACAUUUCCACCUCUAGGACCUGGUGGAUGGAACUGUUCUUGUAUGCCACUGAGGGGCCCUUAUGUCAUGGGCUUCAACUCUUGACAGGGGAAGUGUGUCAUAUUCCAUGGUGGCAUAUGCCCUGACUGUGACUUCCCUUAGCCAGUAGGAAAUGGUGUUCUUGGAGAUCACCCUAUUUUCACACCUAUGCUUAUGAAGAGCCUGCUGCAAGCAGGUCUGUGAUGAGCCCUACACAUCAGGUAUAGCCUCAGGUCUCCGACUUGGAAAGAACUACCUCAUCCUUACCUCCCACUAUAAAGACUUAAUGAAUUUUCAGUCUGGCAAAAAGUCUGGGAUUAAUUCCAGAGAGGUGGAGGACCAUCCCAAAGCAUGCAUGAUGUUCUGCAACAGGGCCUGUAGCUCUUCCACUCUUUGACUGAUGCAGGGGAGAGGAGGAAUACAGUUUUCAAUGUCAGAUCCUUGGUAAAAACCCUCUAUUCACUUAGGGGGACCUCUUCUCAUAGUGUUUGAUGACGGUGGAUAAUUCAGACAUUCAAAAGGUCUAUCCCCCUUGGCCUGAAGGUGUGAACCAAGGCAGCAGAGAACUCUGGUGAGGUAGAGAGUCUUUUCUUCCUGCAGAUACACCAGGAAGUCAGCCACUUCCCUCACAGGGGUCUUGAGUGGGUUGUAGUAGCUCUUACAGCACCAAUUGUAGAUCAUCUAUUUACCCUAGUGCACUGGCAAAAGAGAGCUGCAGGCUGUCAGCAACUGC